AUGAUUGAGGAGGAAACCUAAUAAUUAAAGAGUUAAUUGGAAUUAUAAUUGAUAGAAGCAAUAAUAGAUUCAUUAUAAAAUCAUAUGGAUUAGAAUGCGAUCUUUUUGGGUACUUAGUGUUGAAUUCAAAUUUCAAUAGCUGAAAGAUUGGUUUAUGAACGUGACACUGAAGAGAAUAGAUCAUUAUUAGCAGAAUGUUAUUUACAUGAGAAUCAACCUUAUAAAGCUUGCCAUAUCUUAAAAGAUUGUAAGUCAGAGUUUAAUCGGUAUGAAAUUUGUAAAUGAAUAUCAGUUAUUAAUUGGCUGUUGCAUAAUUUAGAAAUAAAAAAUAUAAAGAAGCUGAAAUCGCAUUAAUGGGUCCUUAAUCUAUUAAUCAAUUUACAUUGUAAACAGCAAAUGUACCAAAUGGAGGUUUUGGUCAUCUCUUAUUAGGAUAAAUUUAUGAAUAAAUGCAUAGAAUAGAUGAUGCCAAAAUAUAAUAUUAUAGGGCUUUAGAUCAAAAUCCAACUCUUUGGAUAGCAUUUGAAAGAUUGUCCAAAAUUGGUGAACCUGUUACAAUUAAUAAAGUUUUCAUAGAUUAAAAAUAAAGAAAUUAUGAAACAAGCAGAUAAGAGAGUUGUAAUAUUUAUAAAUUAAUUGCAAAUUUACUUAAGAAUAAAAUAAAUUAUUCAAAAUCAGGUUCUAAAGAAGUUGAAGAUCUUAAAGAGGAAUCUAUAAUAAGUGAUAAUGUAAUUAAAAAAUUAUUAAUAAAGUAAUUGGGAAACAAAAGACAAACUCAAGGAAUAAAACCAUUUACAACAAGUGGAAUAUAAGCUUAAAUGAUGCAUAUGGAUGACUCAUCAAAUAGUUAAAUGAAGUUUUCCUGUAAGAUUAAAAUAAAUAAUAUUUUUAAGAACCUUAAUAAAAGAAAAUUGGUGCAAAAAUGAUUCCAACUCCUGGAAUAGGAUUAUAGAAUUAUUAAUCCUUAUUAAGUUAACCAUUCCAGGGUUCUUAAAAUUAAAACAAGAAUUAUAAUCAAAAAAAGAGUGAUAUUUAGAAAGUGAAUAAUGUCUCUCUACAAUCAUCAUCUAGUUUAAUAAAGUAUUGAAAUUAUUCUAGUGGAAGCUUACCUCAACUUUUAAAAUUAUUUGCUCAUCCAUAUUAAUUAUGGACUAACUAUUCUGUGGAUGCAAUAGCAAAUUUUUAGAAAUUGCCUCCUUAACAUUAUAGAUCAGGAUGGGUUUUAGAAAAGGUUGCCAGAAGUUUUAUGGAUUAAGUAAAAUAUACAGAUGCUGAAAGAGUUUGGAAAGAAAUGAGAUAAAUUGAACCAACUAGAUUAGAAGGAAUGGAUUAUUAUUCAUCUUGUUUAUGGCAUUUAAAAAAAUAAUCAGAAUUAACAUAUUUAGCUCAUUCAUGUUUGUAAAUCUCUAUUAAUGCUCCUGAAACUUGGAUUGCUAUAGGAAAUUGUUUUAGUUUAAUUAAGGAAAUAGAUAAUUCUAUCAAAUUCUUUGGAAGAGCCAUUUAAUUGAGAAAAGAUUACUCAUAUGCUUACACUUUAUCAGGACAUGAAUUUUCAUAGAAUGAGAAUUUUCAAUAAGCCAAAAAAUCAUACGAUGCUGCAACUUCUCUUGAUUAACGAUAAUACAAUGCUUGGUGGGGUUAAGGAAAUAUGUAUUAUAAAACAGAUAAAUAUGACGAUGCAAUUAAAUGUUUUAUCUAAGCAAUUAAAAUAAACCCAAAUAAUCCUGUUCUACCAACAUUCUUGGCUAUGAGUUAUGCUGCGAAGGGAGAUCAUUAUGAAGCUUUGAAGUAUUUUGAAUAAAGUGAAAAGUUAGAUUCCAUGAAUGGACUAAAUAAAUAUCAGAAAGUAUCAUACUUCUAAUAAAAUUAGGCAAAUUCAUUAAUAAAAUUAGAUUAGUAUGAGAAAGCAUUGAGUGAAUUACAGUGUUUAAGUUAAUUAAUUCCAAAAGAAAGUGCCAUUUAAAUUCUUAUGGGUCGUAUACUAAAAAAGUUGAAUAGGAUAUAAGAAGCAUAAAAGUAAAAUUUAUUUUAUAUAUACAUUUUAGUUGUUUUAAUAUGGCCAUGUCACUCGAUAUGAAAGAUUAAGCCAAGAUUAAAGGACUGAUGGAGAGUCUAACUAACCCGAACAGUGAUUUCAACGAUGAUUUUGAUUUAUGA